GCGGCGGGGGCUGUGCGGCUGCUGGAGCCAUUAGCGCGGGGCUGGCGCGGCCGAAGGCCGGGCUUGGAGCUCCCUCCCCCGCCCGAGCCCCGUCCCGGGGACGUCAUGGGAGGGAGGUAUAAAAUUUCAGCGUCGGGGCCGGGGGAGCGGCAGUGUGCGCGGGCGGGCCGGUGCGGAGCGGUGUCGCUGUGCGGACCAGGGCACGGCGGUCAGCGGAACCCACGGGCGCAGCGGACGGCCCGGCGGCAGCGCUCCCGGCUGGGCGAGAAGCGCGGCGGUGCCACGUUCCCGGGCGCCGAGGGCCGGGCACCGGGCGAUGUAGGGCGCGGGGCCCGGCGGGGGCAUGAAUGGUGCAGCGAGAGGGGCGGGCGCGGCGCUCCCCCCGCGGCGGCGGGGCGGCGCGGGCCGCUGACACGUGCGGCGGCGCGGCGCGGCGGGGCGCCCCCGGCUCCGCGGGGCGCGGGGCGGCGCAUGGGGAAGGAGCGCGGCGCGGCGAGGCACGGCGCCUGCCGCUUCUCCUUGCGGAGCGCUGCCAGCUCUUCCUGGAAGUCCUGAGUCGCGCACGGCGCAGUGAGUUCAUGCACCUCCUCGCCAAGCCUCAGCCUGCGGGUUCUGGGGAGGCUGCCGCCAGCACACCGCCCGGUCCCCCGCGCCCUCUCGCCGCCGCCGCUCGGGGGUCUCUCCUGGAGGCCCCCGCCGCCGCCCCCUCACACAUGAAGAUGUACGUGCAAAGGGCUCUGGUGCUGCUCUCCCUGCUGAGCUUCGCUACCGUGAGCCUCUCGCUGUCGUCCUGCACCACCUUGGACCUGGACCACAUCAAGAAGAAGAGGGUAGAGGCUAUCCGAGGGCAGAUCCUGAGCAAGCUGCGGCUCACCAGCCCGCCGGAGACCGUGGGGCCGGCCCAUGUGCCCUACCAGAUCCUGGCCCUCUAUAACAGCACUCGGGAGCUGCUGGAGGAGAUGGAGGAGGAGAAGGAAGAGAGCUGCUCUCAGGACAACACCGAGUCCGAAUACUAUGCCAAAGAGAUUCAUAAAUUUGACAUGAUCCAGGGCCUCCCCGAGCACAAUGAGUUGGGCAUUUGUCCAAAAGGUGUCACCUCCAAUGUGUUCCGCUUUAAUGUGUCGUCAGCAGAGAAGAACAGCACCAACCUAUUCCGGGCUGAGUUUCGGGUGCUGCGCGUGCCCAACCCAAGCUCCAAACGCAGUGAGCAGCGCAUUGAGCUCUUCCAGAUCCUUCGGCCAGAUGAGCACAUAGCGAAGCAGCGGUACCUCAGUGGCAGGAACGUGCAGACACGGGGCUCCCCUGAGUGGCUGUCCUUCGAUGUCACCGAGACCGUGCGGGAGUGGCUUCUGCACAGAGAGUCCAACCUUGGCCUGGAAAUUAGCAUACACUGUCCUUGUCACACUUUUCAGCCCAACGGGGACAUCUUGGAGAAUUUGCAUGAAGUCCUGGAGAUCAAGUUCAAAGGCAUUGACAGUGAGGAUGACUAUGGCCGCGGGGACUUGGGACGCCUGAAAAAGCAGAAGGAUUUGCAUAAUCCCCACCUCAUCUUGAUGAUGUUACCCCCACAUCGACUGGAGAGCCCUGUGUUGGGAAGCCAAAGAAAGAAACGGGCCCUGGAUACCAACUACUGUUUCCGGAACCUGGAGGAGAACUGCUGCGUGCGUCCUCUGUACAUUGACUUCCGACAGGACCUUGGCUGGAAAUGGGUCCACGAGCCUAAGGGCUACUUUGCUAACUUUUGUUCAGGCCCUUGUCCGUACCUUCGCAGCGCAGACACCACUCACAGCACGGUGCUGGGUUUAUAUAACACGCUGAACCCUGAGGCAUCUGCUUCGCCCUGCUGUGUUCCCCAGGACCUGGAGCCACUCACUAUCUUGUACUAUGUCGGGAGGACCCCCAAAGUGGAGCAGCUCUCCAACAUGGUGGUGAAAUCCUGCAAGUGCAGCUGAAAGGCCCCUGGCCCACCCAAAGCCAAGGAAAAAACUGUCAGCACCCACUCUCCUGCUCCCAGGCUAACACAAAGAGAACUGGGGGUCAGAGACUACGCAUGCUGAAGGCCAAGUGCCAAACCUUGAGAGUCUGGCAGCCCUCGGGGAUUUCUUCUGGAACACUCCUUGGUCGUCUUGGCAGUGUAAUGUUCCUUCUAGGAAGUACUUUGGUGACACAAAGGCCACGCUCUCCAAAAUGGCUGGACAGUUGGUGCGGAAGAAAAGGAUAAUGUGGAAGAACUGCAGUGUAUUUGAAUGCUGGGUAGUUGAGAUGGGAAAGCAAGAGAAUGAGAAAGCAGGUGAAAGGGAGACUGGAAAAGGGGAGAUGUUUUCUAUUCUUGCUUUAGCUAUCUUAAGACCUCAGCCCUCCCCAUUAGCCUGAAGUAUUAAAGGUUUUCCCUGUAGGAGGAAUUUUUGAAGGAGAGAAGGAAAAUGCACCAAGCAGGGAAGCUGCUAAGAGAAGUGCUCAGAGAUACACUUAAGACUUUUGUUCCUCAGAGCUGUGCUCCAGGAGUCCUGCAACUGAAACUGUGUCUGCCAAAACCUCUAAGUUCAGUUGACAGAUCCUGGCUAUUGGGUUCCAAAUUCAAACUGCAAGGCUCCCAGUCAGCCUACCAACAGUGGCAAAUACAAGGAAAGAGGGUGCAGAGUCCAUUUUCAGAGGGACUGACAUCUCCAUUCAGCUCUUUUACCUUCCUGGAGUUUCUAAGAUAUGAUUUCAGGGUCAGAGCAGGAGCAUCUGUGGGUACCUGAACACUGGGCCUAUUCAUUUGUGAUCUGAUACACCCUGAGGACCUCUUGUCUGUUGUGGUUUGUGAGGUGCUUUGGGGUGUUCUGCACCUGUUCUGCAUGAUGACCUGAACUUGGUCUCACCUGCCAAGACUUAAAAAAUAGUAAUCUCAAAAACUUUGUAAAAAAUAAAUAUUUGGGGGGUGGGGGGAGAUGCUAAUUUUUUCACAAGCAAGUUUUUUGUUGGAGGGUUAGAUGAUUUGCUGGUUUUAAACUGCUACUGCUGUGGCAUACUCAGUCUAAAAUUCUUGCCCUUUCCAAAAUUUUUCUUCAAAAGAACAGAUAGUAUUUAGGUCAGCAAGAAAAUCCCAAAAUGGAACUUUGUUAUUACCCUUAAACUGUACCUGGUGUAAAUGUGCCCUGUUCCAACCUAGUCCUUCAGAUAUGUACAUCACCACUGGCAUCUGCUUUUGAUAGAUUCAUAUAAAGCUCCCCUCAAACACAGAACACUUUCAACAAUACUGUUUAAAUAUCCAAGGCAAUGCAGUUGUUGCCACAGCUGGCAAAUGUCAUAUGUCCGUUUGAAGAUAUAUAUGGUCUGCCAGUACAGACCUGUACAUCCAGGUAAAUAACACACCCUUCCUCUCAUGUACUGAUUUCAUGUUCAUAAAAAAGAUUACAGAUGCUGCCUGGGCAAGAAAUCAAUGUAGUCCUUUAAAUGGGCUUUUGCAGCCAUAGAUACUCCCAGAGGUAAAAAUCCCUGGUGCUGAAUGCCACAUGAGAUUCAGAGGCUGUCUCUGACUUGCCAAAACACAGCUACUUAAAAGUUCUGUUCUAGAGACCACAGAGGUUCCUCCCUGUCUCCUCCCAAUUCCUGAUCCCCAGCAACUGAGUGUAAAAUGACACCUAGCUGGUUAAUCACUUGUGGCCAGGCCUCUCCCACGGUCAGCGCAGAACUCAGCUCUUCCAUCAAGCCCUUCGCAACUGUGGCUGCUUCCAUAUACCUCACGUGAGGCUGCCAAACCAUGUAAACUCAAAUGUCUUAAUAAACCAUAAACAGCCCUUCCUGAACCAUCACCAACCGGACAGAGGUUAGCAAGGGUGGGUCAGUGGAGGCAGCCUGCCAACCUGUAUGCCAUUUUGGCCAGGGCACACAUGCCCUGAGAGAGGCACUCCCCAGUGCUGUAUCCUUUUCAUCAAUCACGUGUGUGAUUGGUGUGAUGAUGAAAGCUCUGAUCAGUUCAGCACUAGAGUAUUGCUGCACCCUGUGCACCUCUCCAUGCCCAGGCUUCCCUGCCACCUGCCCAGGGAGGGAGCAAAUGACUACACCACCGUGCUGAUCAAUGGGCCAGAAAUUUACUAGCUACAAGAGAGUGUGUGUGUGUGAGAAAUCCAGAUGCCUAUUGGCAUAGGAAUUCCCUCUGAUCUCCUUUUAGUAGCAGCCUCAAGGGAGAUUUUGGUUUACAAGCUGCAGUCUGUUCUUUGGUCAUUGUUCCUCCUGAGCCCUGGGCUGGCUUUGCUCCCCAUCCAGCUGAAGGGCUUCCUUGCUAAUAAACGGGGAAGCAAGGAGGGGGAGCUGCAAAGGGUUGAGCUAGAACACUUGCAUACCCAAAGUUCUGUGUGGCACUUGGAGCACAUCGGAACCACCCAUGGAUUUAACCCUGGCAGCCCCUUGAGAUGGGACUGUCUUACUAACCCUUGCUCACUGCUGCUCCUCAGUGACAGGAAGGGGCGGCAGAAAGACCAAGCCUUUUGCCUCUUGGCAAAGGAGACAAAAUGGCAAUGGAAAAUCAGGGGUAAAGAGUUCUGGGGUGUCCAACCAGUAUGGACACAGGUAUACACAGGGGAACAGUAAUUUUUGAGAUAAAAUACAUUUCAGUUACUGCUUUUCUGUUCAGCCUUCCACUUCUGUAGCAACAUUUGAGAUUAGAUUUGUGAGACAGGCUCUGAAUUCUUUUUCUUAAAACUGAAGUCACUUUUCUAGGGGUGUUUCAGCUAUAAUUCAGCAACAAACUAUACUAGCUACAUGGGGCUUAAUAACAGAUUGACCAGGAGUAACACUCCUGGGUGCAAGUGUACCAAAAUGUUUCAGGACACUUGUGUGAGAAGGCAGAGGGCAGUUACUGUGCUGUUACUAGCUAGCAAAUUGAAGAAGACAAUGGGAAAGAAAAAGUGGGAUCUUCAUUGCCAACACUGAAUACAGCUCUCAACAGUUCCCCUUUGUUGUUUUCAGAAACAAACAAAAGCUGAUGAAAACAAUCCCAGCACAGUUUGUCUCUUUAACAAAGAUCAAUGGCUAGAAAUAGUGAAAAAAACCUAUUCUGCAGUGCCAUAAGGCAGAUCCUACACAGAUGAUCAAACACCCAUCUGUGCAGUCCCUGUUUCUCUGUGGCAAACUGUUAUAGUAUGUAAAAGGCCUAGACCUGAACACCUUGUUUUUCAGGCUGUAGUGCACUGUAGAACUCCGAGAGGAACACUGCUUCAGCGAGUACAGAAUGUACACUUAUACCUCAGCAAAGAAUGGACUUUGCAGACUGAGUUUUGUUCCCUGGGCUUUGAAUUGGAUGGUCUUUAGCAAUCCCACUGCACUUACAUAAAGCCCAUCCCUGUUACCACUGUGUGAACUGGGAUAUGCUGCUUGGGGUUUCACCUUUCCAUAUAACCAACAGACAUCAAUACACUCAAUCAGAAAGAUGGACUGUGCCCAAAAGUAAUAAAAGACAAACAUACCUGUCCACUCCUCUGGCAACAUCAUAGCUCUGUUCUGCUGGGUCCUGGGAUGUCUUAUAUCUCUCUGCUGUGGCUAUCAAAUUUUCAUUUUCUCAGUUCACAGAUCCUUUUCUUAUCUUUCUGUGCUGCUUUGAAGCUUUCUUUAUCUGUGAUUAGAAUGUCCUCACCAGAGCAAAUAUACAGGAGGUCUGGCUCAGGUUUCUUUGUAAAUGCAAUCACUACAGCCAUCCCAUGAAGAGGAUGCAUUGCAAUGUCUUAGGAAGCAGAUGUCUUCAAUAGGUUCUCAAGUCCAGUGCAGGGCAGGUUGAGUAUCACAGUGACCACAAUGCAACUCUAGAGACAGCCCACUGUGCAGAAAAGGUCUUUUGCCCACUCUAAGUGUUUCUAGUGGCAUACAAAAGAGCAUCUCUGUAGUACUGGCUUGUCUUCUCUAAUAGGUGAUUGAAAGGCAAUGAAGUCAUUAACGAAAAUACAGUUUUCAAUACAUAUGGAGUCAACAGUGUGGUAUCUACACACUUGGAAAACUAUACUACUUUGUGGUCUUAUUGGCUGCCUAUAAUCUACACUAUUUGUGGCUUAGAAUAACAGCAGCAAUUUGGAUAUAGUGCAAGGAUGCAAAUAUGCCUUCUAAUUCUUUAAAAAUAACAUAUAUUAAUUUUUACAUUCAAAAUCAGUAGAAAAUAUUGGUCAAAAGCUGUAUAAAAUUACUAUGUUUAGUAAAAAAAAAAUCUGGACUUUCA